AUGCUCGGCCUCUCGCUGUACGCUCUCGCGGCCGACCCGCCCCCCUUCCACCCCGUCUCCAUCCCCCACUCGGGCCUCGUCGACGGCAGCUCGUCGACGGCGCUCAUCUCGGCGCUCGCCUCGUCGGGGGUCGUUGCCAUCAAGGGCAUCCCGGGCUACGCGGCCCUCCGCUCGGACAUCCUCGCGGCGACCCCGGCGUGUGCGGCGACGCCCGCCGCCGCCGCGCACACCUUCCCCGACGGCACCACCCGCCGCACGCUCGCCACGCACAGCCUUCCGGGCGCGGGCAGGGUGCAGCCCCUCGCCUCGGCCGAGGGGGAGUGCGCCGCGUUUGAGCGCGCGGCCGCGCCCUUCCGCGCGCUGGUGGCGGCCGCGACCAACCUCUUCGCCGAGCGCCUCUCCUCCUCCCUCCGCGCGCGCGCGCCCCUCCUCGUCGCGGAAGACGGGACCGAGUUCAACUCUCUGCACGACGUGUCGACGGCGGGCGAGCACCUCGAGCACUUCCACGCCUACACGCGGGCGACUCCCUCCUCGCACGGCCCCGCCUCUCCCCCGACCAUCGACCUCCACACCGACCAAGGCAUCUUCAUCGCCUUCACGCCCGCGCUGAUGGUCUCCGCCACAGGGGAGCCGGACGCGGCUGCAGACGCGGGCCGCUUCGAGGUCGGGCUGGCGGACGGGUCGCGCGCGGAGGCGCACUUCGACCCCGACUCGCUCGUCUUCCUCCUCGGCGACGGCAUCCACCAGGUCCUCCCCAAGGACGCGGCUCCGCGCCUGCGCGCGGCGCCGCACGCGCUGUCCGCCCCGCCGACCGGGGCCGGGGGGGCGCGGGCGUGGUACGGGCGGAUGGUGCUGCCGCCCAAGGAGGCGGUGAUCCCCGCCUCCCUCUCCGAGAACCGCAAGACCUUCGGAACCCUGCGCGCCAUCAUGGCGGGGACCAUCUUUUGCUGGAACCGGUGCAUGAACACGACCGAGGACCGCGGCGUCUGGUACGGCGUCUCCGACGAGAUCUGCGCCGAGCAGGGCAAGCAGCUCCAGUGCACCGACGUGCGGGGCCACAUCUACAACUCGAGCUACGACCGCCACGGCGACCCGAGGGCCCGCGACUACAACCCGAACUGCGUCGCGCCCGGCGCGCCGCACGUCAACUCGGACUUCCCGACGCUGCCCGGCUACCCAACCGACCCGGAGGUGUGCAACCAGGAGGCGUGGGACGCCUUCUCGGCGACGGACGGCUUCGAGUUCUCGACGGCGCUCGGCCCGCGGGGCAAGCUCAUGUGGAACGUGGUCGAGGGCGAGGGCGGCCCCGCGAUCGAGUCCAAGAUGGCGUACAACGGCCUCUUCGGCUACACCUCGUGGGGCCUGCGCAACAACGCCCUCGGCGCCGGCAAGAACGGCAUGCAAGGCGCGUGGGUGGCGAUGGCGCUGCCGGGCGACGACUACACGCUGACCGGCGACACUCAGCCUGAGCCUCGAGCAGCGUCGAGCUGCGGGCUCAACCUCAGCCUGCCGGGCUCCAUCCUGCCGUACCAGAUCGACGAGGUGCACUCGCGCUUUCGCUUCUGGAAGGGGUCGGGGCAGCCCGACUCGGCCGCCAACCAGGGCCGCCACGGCGAGCCCAUCCCCACCGUGCCGGACACGCUGUACAACAAGUCGAUCCACGCCACGGGCUGCUUCUCCUCGAUGUCCUUCACCGCGUCGGUCCUCGGGGAGGAGGCGAUCACCAUCGACGGCUCCGACAACGUCAUCUGGGCCGCCAACGUCGAGAACGCGUACGUCGAGUCGCACGGCCGCUCCAACCGCGGCAUCGUCGUCAUCGAGUGGCGCACCGGCGCCACCGAGUUCCGCGACUACCCGCCCCCCCCGUUGCCCGCCCCGCCGCCGCCCGCCCCGCCCGCCGCACCGCCCUCGUCGGGAGGCGGCGGGCUCUCUGCGGCCGCCAUCGGAGGCAUCGUCGGCGGCGUGGUUGGCGGCCUCGCCGUCGGCCUCCUCGCCUACUACUGCGGCCUCAAGGCUGGCUGGUUCGCCACCGCCGGCGACAAGACCGCCGCCAAGGGCGCGAGCUACCAGCCCCGCCAGGGCACCGAGCAGCGCAUGUGA